GGGGCAGGUCGGGAGACCCCACCAUGAGAACGCGUGAGUGGAGCUUGGGGGCUCUGGGAGGUGCGCGUCGAGCCGCCAUUUUGUGGAACGUUGUGUGAGAGGACGGAAAGGGAAAGAUGUCCACUGAAGAAAUGGCUACCGAGCAUAUGAAUGGAAAUGGUACGGAAGAGCCGAUGGAUACUUCCACUACCGUUGUUCGAUCAGAACACUAUCAAACUUUACUAAGUGCUGGUUUACCAAAGAAAGUUGCGGACAAGCUAGAUGAAAUGUAUUUAGCAGGUUUAGUUUCUCAUAGUGAUUUAGACGAGAGAGCAAUUGAUGCAUUGAGGGAAUUCAAUGAAGAGGGUGCGUUGUCAGUACUACAACAGUUUAAGGAAAGUGAUCUUUCCCAUGUUCAGAAUAAAAGUGCCUUUCUAUGUGGAGUAAUGAAGACUUACAGACAGAGGGAAAAGCAAGGAUCUAAAGUAACAGAUGCUAAUAAAGGUCCAGAUGAGACAAAAAUUAAGGCCCUCUUGGAAAGAACAGGAUAUACACUUGAUGUCACUACAGGGCAGAGGAAGUAUGGUGGUCCUCCUCCACCUACGACACAUUCAGGUCCUCAACCUAACAUUGGUACUGAGAUAUUUGUAGGCAAAAUACCACGGGAUCUCUUCGAAGAUGAACUUGUCCCUCUGUUUGAGAAAGCUGGUCCAAUAUGGGAUUUGCGUCUGAUGAUGGAUCCUCUGACUGGCUUAAAUCGAGGGUAUGCUUUUGUGACCUUUUGCUCCAAAGAAGCAGCACAGGAAGCAGUCAAAUUGUGUGAUAACCAUGAAAUUCGGCCUGGUAAACACAUUGGUGUUUGCAUUUCUGUGGCAAACAACAGACUUUUCGUUGGAUCCAUUCCAAAAAGCAAGACAAAGGAGCAGAUUAUGGAAGAAUUUGGUAAAGUUACAGAGGGACUCACAGAUGUGAUACUGUACCACCAACCAGAUGACAAGAAGAAGAAUAGGGGUUUCUGUUUCUUGGAAUUUGAAGAUCAUAAAUCUGCUGCCCAGGCCAGACGCAGACUUAUGAGUGGAAAAGUGAAAGUCUGGGGCAAUGUUGUAACAGUGGAAUGGGCAGAUCCUAUUGAGGAUCCUGAUCCAGAGGUCAUGUCAAAGGUAAAGGUGUUGUUUGUUCGUAACUUGGCCAGUUCAGUAACAGAAGAACUACUAGAAAAAACCUUCAGCCAGUUUGGCAAGUUGGAGCGGGUAAAGAAGCUGAAAGAUUAUGCAUUCAUUCACUUUGAUGAAAGAGAUGGUGCAGUUAAGGCCAUGGAUGAAAUGAAUGGGAAGUAUUUAGAGGGUGAAAAUAUUGAAAUUGUUCUUGCUAAACCACCAGACAAGAAGAAAAAGGAACGGCAGGCUCAAAGACAGGCUGCUCGAUCUCAACCGUAUGAGGAUUAUUACUACUACCCUCCUCCUCGCAUGCCCCCUCCGACAAGAGGCAGAGGACGUGGAGCCAGAGGAGGUUACAGCUAUCCUCUAGAUUACUAUAGUUAUGAAGAUUAUGAUUAUUAUUGCUAUGAUUACCAUGAUUAUCGUGGAGGAUAUGAAGAUCCAUACUAUGGCUAUGAUGAUUAUCAGACAACUACUAGAGGAAGAGGUGGCAGAAGUGGAAGAGGUGCCCCUCUUGCCAGGGUUCGUGGAGUUUCCCAACCACGUGGAAGAUCUGGAUUCACACCGCGUGGUCAAAUGGCAGGGAGAGGUGCUCGUGGUGCAAGAGGGGGUGCCCAGGUGCAGCAGAGAGGCCGCGGGGUACGUGGUGUGAGGGGUGGCCGCGGUGGAAAUGUAGGAGGCAAACGAAAAGCUGAUGGGUACAACCAGCCAGAUUCGAAGCGGCGCCAGACCAAUAAUCAGAACUGGGGCUCCCAACCUAUUGCUCAGCAACCGCUCCAAGGUGGUGAUUAUUCUGCAGGAAAACGAGGUCGAGGCCGGUCCUGACCUGUUUUGAUGACGACUGACUUACUAUGUGGAGGUUACACUGGAAGCUGCUAAUGGAGAUGAUGGUAAGAUUCCAGACCAUGACGCCAAAUGGAGAGCGGGAACAGCCAAGGAAAUGAAGAGCUUCAAAUCUAAACAUAUAUGGACUAUAAUUUUUAAAUUUUGUAUAGCCAAUGUACCUUUUUGUAAUGUACAGAGGUAGUGGUGGGUGAUGACGUUGGAAGUUUGAGAAGCAAUUUCAUAAUGUUCAUAGGAUUCACAUGAUGCCAGACUGCUCAGAAGACUUAAAACUGUGCACAAUCAUAUUCGAGCUCAACUGAUUGUAGUACUAUAUUGUUAUUGCUCAUCACUACCUCAAACAUUCUGUAAGUCAUUAUUCUGAAGAAGCGAACUACUUGCAGAUGGAAGUGUAAUCGCCAAACUAUCAGGUAGUCGAGCAUUCCAGAAAAAUGGUUCUUUUCUGAACCCAUCUUUUUUUUUUAAAGAAAGGGUUGGUUGACUACCUCAGUAGCCGAGGAUUAAACUACCCUGUGUACUGUAAAUAGAGAACUGUAAGACAAAAACAAGGCUUGUUUGCUACAUUUGUCCACAAAGGAAAAGAACCCUUUUGUAUCUUAUUUCUAGUCUGGAAUUUCUUUUGUUAACUCUGGCUAAUGUGGGGUGUAUGAAGUUAUUGUUUGACCCUUUCAUUCUUACAAAUGACCAGAAACAAGUCUUGCUUUUGUCUCUAUUAAACUGAAAUUGCUGUCUUGCCUUUUCAGAUAUUAUAGUUAGCCUUAGGUUGUAUGAUAGUUGAAAGGAGAUGUUACUUUUGUAAGUAAUAAGAUGUUGAGAAUUGAAAAUUCAAUUUGACUGCAAACUAUAAAUUCUGAAAUAAAGUACAAUAUCCCUUUU